GUCGCGAACGGUGCGGAGAUGGCGUCUUUAAUGUUUAUCUUUUUCCUCUCUGGUUGGCAAAGUUGCUGUAUGAGGGAGGGGACUGAGUGGUAGUGUCGAGCUUUCAAGAUCAGUCAUCAGAGCUCAGGGGCCCGGAGAAGGAGAGUCAGGCGGAUUCAGUACGCUCCUAUGUGGCGAGCCGAACUGCAACUGGAGAAAAGAACAAAGCGGGGUCGGCAAAACAGGAAUAUUAAAGGACGGGUGUUUUCUCUUAAAUGGAUUACCAACGGAAUAGGAGAUUUAGCCGGAUUACACGAUUCUUGAGUGAAUUCGGAUACUCGAGGUAACAUCUCCACCAGUGUGAAACAGGAAGUGUCGUCUGUAAGCAGCCAUGGGCCAGAGAGCUGUGCUUCUGCUCAGUGAGCUGCUGCUGCUGUUGUUGACAGCCUCACGCACUCUCCUCGCAGUCAGCUUCCCCGAGGAUAUUGUCCCCUUCAAUGUCGUUGAUGCACACUUUACACGAAGAUACCCAGUGUUCAGGGGCAGGCCCUCUGGCAACGAAUCACAGCAUCGCCUUGACUUUCAGCUGAUGACCAAGAUACAGGACACUCUGUUUAUUGCUGGCAGAGAUCAGGUGUACCUUGUCAGCCUCAGAGAAUCCUACAGAAAUGAGAUCAUUCCUUACCGGAAACUAACAUGGCGAUCAGGCCAAGCAGACAGAGACAUGUGUGCAGUCAAGGGAAAACACAGAGACGAGUGUCACAACUUCAUUAAAGUCCUGGUUUCCAGAAAUGAUGACCUUGUAUUCAUCUGUGGUACCAAUGGCUUCAACCCCAUGUGCAGAUACUACAGGCUGGAUAACCUAGAGCUAGAUGGGGAGGAGAUCAAUGGCCUGGCACGGUGCCCAUUUGACUCCAAGCAAACCAACGUUGCCCUUUUCGCUGAGGGGAAGCUGUAUUCUGCAACUGUAGCUGACUUCCAGGCCAGUGACUCUGUCAUAUAUCGUAGUAUGGGUGAUGGAUCUGCCUUGAGGACUAUCAAGUAUGACUCCAAAUGGCUGAAAGAACCUCAUUUCCUGCACGCAGCAGAGUACGGGAAUUACGUGUACUUUUUCUAUCGGGAGAUUGCGGUGGAGCACAGCAAUCUGGGCAAGGUUGUGUAUUCUCGUGUGGCUCGCAUCUGCAAGAAUGAUGUUGGCGGAUCACAGAGGGUUCUGGAGAAGCACUGGACGUCUUUUGUGAAGGCAAGGCUGAAUUGCUCUGUGCCAGGCGAGUCUUUCUUCUACUUUGACGUCCUGCAGUCCAUCACUGACAUCAUCGACAUUAACGGGGUUGCCUCAGUGGUGGGUGUGUUCACCACGCAGAUGAACAGCAUCCCAGGUUCAGCAGUGUGCGCGUUCUCCAUGGCCGACAUAGAGAAGGUCUUCUGGGCACGUUUCAAGGAGCAGAAGACUCCUGACUCCGUAUGGACUCCUUUUCCUGAAGAGAAACUUCCUAAACCAAGACCUGGGAGCUGUGCAGGUCACGGGCCAGCUGCGUCAUUUAAGAGCUCCAUUGAGUUCCCGGACGACACAUUGCAGUUCAUCAAGUCCCACCCACUCAUGGACACAUCUGUGCCCUCCAUUGGCGAUGAACCUUGGUUUACCAAGACGCGUGUCAGGUACAGGCUGACAGCGCUGGCUGUGGACAAUGAAGCAGGACCCCAGAAGAACUACACAGUGGUAUUCAUCGGGGCAGAGUCGGGGGUUGUCCUCAAAGUGCUGGCCAGAACCACUUUUGUGUCCCUAAAUGACAGCAUGUUGCUGGAGGAAAUAGAUGUCUUCAAUAGGGCUAAGUGUCUGUCUAACCGCGAAGAUGACAAGCGUGUCCUUUCACUACACGUGGACAAGGACAUGCACAGCCUGUAUGUUGCCUUCUCAAGUUGUGUCAUUCGUAUUCCCCUGAGUCGCUGUGAAAAACACUCUUCCUGCCACAAGUCCUGCAUUGCAUCAAGAGAUCCUUACUGUGGCUGGAAGCCACAUGGAGCCUGUGAGAGGAUACAGGCUGGUCUUUUGAGUGGAUAUGAGCAGGAUGUUGAAUUUGGAAACACUGCCCACUUGGGAGACUGUCAUGCAUUUUUGGGCACUACUUCAGCGUCAGAUUACAAAUCAUUUGGCGACCCUACCUCUGACAUGGAGUUUUCAUCAGCGCCGGUCACUGCCCAGCCCAGCUGGCCCAUACACCCCCCUGUACUCAUACCCACCCAGAGCCCCAGCUCUGGGCCUGGUCCAGAGCUCUACGGCUCACACUUUGUGCUGAAGGAUGACCCAGCCACCUCCAGUUCUUUAGAGUAUAUUCCAGGGGGCCAAGAGGGUAUGUGGGAUAUUCAAGCAGGUGAGACCAACCAGAUGGUCCACAUGAACAUCCUCAUCACCUGUGUGUUUGCUGCCUUCCUCAUGGGUGCCCUUCUGGCUGGUCUAAUCGUAUUCUGCCACCGAGACUCAUUCCUACGUAAGCCAAGGAAUGUCCACAAGGAUGCAGAGUCAGCACCAUCCUGUUCAGACUCCACUGGAAGCUUUGUUAAGCUCAAUGGUCUCUUUGACAGCCCAGUGAAGGAGUACCAAACCAAUAUCGAUUCUCCCAAGCUCUACACUAAUCUGCUGAGCAACGGCAAGGACCUGAACAGUCCCAACAUUGACACCAAGACCAUGAUCCUGCGGGAUGGCGGUCAGCCACCUGAGUUGGCUGCCCUGCCUACACCUGAGUCCACUCCUGUUCUUCAGCAGAAAGGAUUGCAACCCUUUAAAAACCAGUGGGAGAGGGCUCAUGGGAAGCCCAGUGGGGCCCGUAAAGAGUCCAACUCAGCAGCCAAGAAUCCUCAUUUCCUUCCUUCUUCUCCUGCUCCUCCUAACACCAUCUCUCACCACCCUCACACUGCCCUCGGACACUCCCACAUUCCUAGUGCAGUUGUCCUACCCAAUGCCACACAUGAGCGUUCAAACUUUCAGGAUGGAGAUAAUACUCUGCCACAUUCGUCUGAUAAGAAGCUGAAGAACCCAGAUUCUAAAGGAAGUAGAAAGGACCAGAAGAGGUCAGUGGAUGCCAGAAAUACCCUAAAUGAUCUUUUAAAACACCUUAAUGACUCUGUGGCCAGUCCCAAUGCUAUCCUUGAAGAGGGACCAGUGUCCCAACCAAGGCCACAACUUACCCUGGAGCCCAUGGAGGAACUGACUGAACUACCUCCAAAGGUACCCAGCCGUGAGGCUUCACUGUAUUCUCCUUCUUCCUCUCUGCCAAGGCACAGCCCCACCAAGAGGGUUGAUGUGCCAUUGCCCAGCACUCCCACCACACCAACUGGGAGUCUGAGUAUGGGCGGCACCCUGGAGAGGCAAAGAGGUGGAUACCAACUCCACCGGAGUGCCUCUCACAGGCACUCCUUAUCAAACUCACUAAAUGGGGUAACCAUGGGGGUGUCGGUGUCUCGCCAACACAGUAUGAACAGAGGGGGUUACAUUCCCCCAACACCCCCCUCCAGACAUGACUCUCAUUGCAGCAUGAUGGGGGCAGGAAUACACUCAGCCCACCCUUCCAGCUACAGUGGGCAUGGCUCACUCCCUCGCACAGGGCUUAAACGGACCCCAUCGCUAAAGCCAGAUGUGCCCCCUAAACCCAAUGGGUUUUCACCACAGACUCCACAAAUGCGAGUGGUCAAUAAGUACAGUUAUUGAAAUAUCAUGGACACUUCUGAGUGACCUCCUAGCCUUGACUGUAGAGAAUUGAGCCCUGAGAGCUUGGGCUAGAGAUGUCGUAGGAGGACCUGGUGUGUGUUUGUUUAUUGACUUGAGGUGUAUUCCCUCUUUAAAUAAUAUGCACUACUCACAUUCAAAAGGGAAAAUCACUUGGCCAAAGAAAUUCCAUCUCCCUUCCUUGUCACAAUAUCGACAAGAGUGGACAGUGGUGAAUCUGCUGCUCGCCAUAGUAUCUGUACUUUUGUAGCUUUGGCGUUGGCUGUUCCCACACUAGGUACAAAGCUGAGGACACCAGUAGAAGCUACAGCUUCUUUAUCUAUGUGUGAAAUCAGGUCCAAUACAUUGGAAUACUUGAAGAAUGGUCUAAUUUGUCACUGCCCUUGAGCACUGUCUUCCCACUAAUGUGAACUGAACAGAGAGGAGGGGUAAGUUAAUCAAUAAUCACAGUGUGUGUAUGUGCUGCUUAAGAUACAUGUGGCCGCACACAGCUGAAUCAGGCAGCAAACAUACAGAGAAAGUGUGAAUGAAUGUGUUUUUGUGUCCAUGUCUAUUGACUAAAAAAGCAGCUUUGUGUAUAGACAGCACACGUUAGACACUCUUGUUAAUUGAGUCUAGAUCCACAUGUUAGAGGAUGCACCUUAAUAACUGUCUAAAACCCAAGUCAAAGCCUUUGUGUUUGAACAGUAUGAUCUAUUCUUUGUUCUAAUUUGAACACAUCUCUAUUAAACAUGUAGUGUUUCUGUUCAUUUGGUUGGGCUGAAGUGAAGGUAGUCAUACUAGGCGAAAACCUAGAGAUGUUACAUCCAUGCACAGUUCUAUGGGUGAGCUUAAUAUUCCUUGAAUAGGAUUAUUGGGGAAGGAAGAUUAUAGUGUUCUUCCAUUAGGGGACACGUCACUUAACAGAACACAUGCAUCCUGAAAUGUUGCCUUGAAAUGCAUAAGGUGAACCAAAGUUGCUGCUUUAUAGUGAUCUUUAAAUAUGUAAAGCAAUAUAAUUACAAAGUAUGGACUUUGUAACUCACUGGGAAAUGUUACUUACAUUGGCUGCUAUUGGUAUGAUAGACACAGGCGUUGACUUGGCAUUUUCUUCUAUUCUCUCUUCUCAACCGGGUUAACCAGAUACUGGAGUGCACAUCCAUGUGUAUGUUUGAUUAUUAUGUAACUUGUAGACACAGGCCUUAAUGUCAGCAACCAAACACUGAUAAAAAACAUUUGUGGGAAGAAAUGCUUCUCUCCAUGACUAAAACCUCCCUUAACCUCCACUGCCUCCAUUUAAAUGAUGGGUUUACCAUACGUCAUUAUGUUGCAAUGGUAUUAAGAAAAACAUUUUAUCUCAUUUAUAAAUGCAUUUAAACUAAUUGACUUACCUUUUAUAUUGCUUAACAUAUUUAAAGAUCACUAUAAAGCAGCAACUUUGGUUCGCCUUAUGCAUUUCAAGGCAACAUUUCAGGAUGCAUGUGUUCUGUUAAGUGACGUGUCCCCUAAUGGAAGAACACUAUAAUCUUCCUUCCCCAAUAAUCCUAUUCAAGGAAUAUUAAGAUCACCCAUAGAACUGUGCAUGGAUGUAACAUCUCUGUCUGCAAUCUGUGCUUCCUGUGCAGCUUUUCUGUGAUUGACCAGUGUACAAUCAACACAAAAUUUACAAUGUGUCCAAAUGAGUCAUGCUGGGAAUGACAAGAUCCUGUACAUAAUAAAUUCUAUAAAUAGGGAUUAUAAAUGUUUUUAGACAAGUAAACCUGAAUCUGUGCAUCGUGUGCCUUAUUCACAAAAUGAACUGCUAUAGCAUAGAAUAUUGGCAAUGUCAACUGGUCCUGUGUUUUUUUUAUCAUACACUUUAUAUAAAAACUUUUUUUUUACAAAUGAUUUUAAGUUCAGCAGGAUGUGUUGGAAAAUCACAACCUCUUCCAAACCAAAGUGAUGUGGAAAAGAAAUCGACUAACAGACAUUCCACUUGUGAAUGGUAGUCACACUAAAGGGCAGUGAAAGAACAUUGAUUUGGUAUGGAAAUUCAUAUUUCCUCUUUAUCGUCAGUGUUGAAAAGAUUAAUGUGUUACAUAGAGGUGCCAUGCAGUGAUUGUAUUUUCUAGACAGUGGGAUGUAGGAUGGUUAGACCUUGCACUGUGGAGCAGUUGGCUUAACGCAGCACAUCCUUCCCACAAACCUAUGUAUAAGCACAGUGUUCACGCGAUGGCCAUUAGUUGGCACAGGCAGCGUUUACCCAGAAUCUAAUGCCCCAGGAUUACAGUAAUCAUAACUGUUUCUAUUGGCCAGUAGGGAGGAAUGAGGUGUAGAUAUAUCUAUAGAAUAUAUUAGAUAGUGGCAGUGGGUAUAUUAUUUCAAUGUCAUCUGCAAUCUUAUUCGAGUUUCAGUUGACUGUUUUAGCCCAAAGUCACCUUUUGUUUACAAGUGAUGAUUGUAUGUAAAGAUACUCUGCCUGUCAUCUCACUAGAGUCUGGGCUUAAUUUUCUACUUCACCCAUAGACACCGACAACGCAAGCACACACAUCGCAUAGGCUCCUCAACUGCCUUGUACAUUGCAGAGUGUUUCUGUUGCAAUCUAAAUUUAAGCCUUUAUAUUUUAGUCUAAGUUUAGUAUAUGUGCAAAUGAGCAUUUUCUUUAAUAAUUUUUCAUCUUGAGUUGUAUAGUGUGCAACAUGGCGAUGCAAAGACAGCUGUAUAUAUGAUCUCCAGAGUAUUUGAGUGUGUAGAUAUGGUGUAAAGUUGUACUGUGAAAGUGUAAAUACUGAUGGUCUUUGCUUCCUGAUUUUUGGGUUGAUUUUUUUAACAUGGCAUGUAUAGUUGAAAUAAAACAGUACAGCACAGAAA